UUCUUUUUUAUUUGAUUACAUUAUCCCUCUGUUCAGCACUUUGGAGAACACUUGAUGUCCCAUAACUGUAUGUUUUUGGGGUGCUUAUCGUUGCUCGAUUGCUCACUGGCAAUCCAGCUAGAAUAUUUAAGUCAACGGUGAUUCUCAUUGGUGACGUUCACGCAGGCACUGGAUGGGACAGCUUGGGUGCCUGUGUGUUUUGGUGCACGGACAGCCUGCAGAGAUCAGCUACGCUGAGCCGAAGUGCUUGUGAUUUUGUGUUUGCAGGUGAGCACAAGUAGUGUGAGGAUGUAUAGGCAGAGCGAUGUAGACGUAGACGUUGGAGGAAGGUAUUGUCAUGAAUGUAAACACAAUGCUAAUGUUAGAGUUUGAGGUUUUAAAUGAUGUACCGGAACUUGUGUGAAACGGGGUAUCACUUCGCAAAUGGUUAAUGGGGAUCGAGAGUGUAGUCUCCAGUUGCUAUAUUACUAGUUGGGUGAGCAUGCGGAGUGCGCAGAAUAUUAAGUGAACGUUGGCAGGAAAAUACCGAGUAAACGAGUACUUUGUUCGGGCGUGUUCUGAAGUUAGGUGAAAAGUUAUCUUGUGUUUCAGUGCACGGACAGCCUGCAGAGUUCAGCCACGCUGAACGAAGUGCUUGUUUUUGUAUUUGCAGAACAAAUGAACAAGUAAAGAGAAACGAUUCUAAACUCAUGCACGCCUGGAAGUGUCGUUUCGUCCAAGUGUGCAACAAUUGGGGUUUUAUUAUUUUUUUCAGAUAUUAUGCCAGUCAUUAUUAUAUGUAGCAUUUUAUGUACCAAAAUAAUCAAAUAUCAAAUCUCUAAUUUUGUAACCUAUUGAUGUUCCCCUCUUUUUGGGGGGGGGGGCUGGUAUUGUUGGAUUAACCUUAUAUCACAUUGUAUCACAGAUUCUUGUGUUCGGCAGACUAAGUAUGAAGAAGAACAACAGUCUGUGCAAUCCUGCACACAUUUCAGAAUAUUGACUUAUGUGUUAUAAAUAUGCUAUACUGUUAUAUAUUUUAAAAUGUGCUGGGUGUUUUUACUUGAUACAAUAAUAAACAACGAGAAUUUACAUUUUUCUAACUUUAUGCUCCCAAAGUUUGGGCGAGUUAUACUGAGUAAAUAUUUAACUCGUCCACUUUAGGUCAGUGUUAUUGCUGGAAUUAAUGAUUAAACCUGUGGGUUAAAUCCCUUGUUCACAACUUCAAGUGUAUGUCAGUUGGUAGGAGUGAUCCUAGAAGAUGGAGGUGCCACGUCGACCAGAAAUGUUUGACUUCCAUGGAGUCUCCAUGAUCAACGUCAUCACUGAUAACUGGGACAACGUACAGAACUUCAAAGCAAGACCAGAUGAUAUUCUUAUCGCUACGUACCCUAAAGCAGGAACCACAUGGAUCUCUUACAUCCUAGAUCUUCUGUAUUUUGAGAACAUGGAUCCAGAUCGUCAGACAUCCAUCCCUCUUCAUGAAAGAGUGGCCUUCCUGGAGAUUUCUGUACCUUCUCAACCUUCAGGUACCGAUUUGGCAGACAAACUUCCCACCACUCCUCGUCUCAUUAAAACUCAUCUACCAGUCCAGUUUGUACCAAAGUCCUUCUGGGAGCAGCGCUGCAGGGUGGUUUAUAUGGCCCGCAAUGCAAAAGACAAUGUAGUGUCCUAUUUCCACUUUUACCGCAUGAACGGUGCCCUGCCAGAACCAGGAGACUGGAGCACCUUUCUGCAGGACUUCAUGGAGGGAAAGAGGGUUUAUGGAUCCUGGUAUGACCAUGUGAACGGCUGGUGGGAGAAGAAGCAAACUUAUUCAGAUUUUCACUACAUGUUCUAUGAGGAUUUGAUUGAGGACUGUGGACGAGAACUAGACAGGCUGUGCUCCUUCCUUGGUUUGUCUCCAUCACCUGAAGAGAAGGAAAUAAUCAGAGCCCGUGUGACGUUUGACAGCAUGAAGCAAAACAAGAUGACCAACUAUACCACAGCUCACAAGCUGAACCACGAGGUUUCUCCUUUUAUGAGAAAAGGAAAAGUUGGUGACUGGAAGAACCACUUCACUGUGGCCCAGAAUGAGCAGUUUGAUGAAGACUACAAGAAGAAGAUGAAGAAUCCUGAUUUGAAGUUUCGCUGUGAAAUUCAAAGAGCGAGCUGAGAAGUGAUAUGCAAUUAAAUAGUUAAGAAUAAAUCAAAUAUUAAGCCUGAAGAACUGAAUUCUCUUACAUUGUGGUGCUGUUGGCUAUAUAUCAGCUUAACAUCCUAGGACCUGGACCUUUGGGUUGUGCAGACCAAAAUACAAAAUUUUGCUCUACAAAGGGCCUGAUAUCCACUUACAAGGACAUUAUACUGCCACUGUUCUAUCAAAAUCUAAAAUGAAUGUCCUCUUAUGUGGAGCUUAUUUUUCUCAGAAACAAAAAUCAGGUAAAAUAAAAAGGGUCAUUCUUUGUUUUUACAUUCAUCAGGUCCCAAUCGGCCCAAAUAGCAAAGAGAAAUAAAAAAUGCAUGCCAUGAAAGAGUUCGGGUCUUAGGAGGUUAAGAAAAAGAAGGAUGAAGGAACAUGUUGGUCAUAUAGAAUAUCCUGACUGUCUACAUGCCGUGGUCGUCAUAAAAGUCAAACAUAAGAUCAAAAGUUUUGAUGUUCUUUUUAAACUCUCCAUUACAAAGAGACAAACUACCCGUCCAAUAAUGCUGUUUAAUGUUUGUAUAUGCUACUUACUUACUCCACACAGGAACCAGAGUUCAUUUUGUGUAAUUUCCCAGCUUAAAAAAAACAUUUAUCCUCAACUUAAAAACUACACUACCUGAACAAACUAAACUUUGUUUAUUUCUCAAAUGAAUAUGUUCCAGUACUUAAUAAUUUGGCCACACAUAAAGUGUUAUGUGGUAAUGCAUAGGUUGCCUAUAUAGAAUCAUAGAUCUGGUAUGAGUCAAGAAAAAGAAGCAGAAAACUGUUUACAUUCACACAGUUAUGGCAAGCAGCUCAGCUGUGUAGAGAUAGUAGGCUGCUGUUGUAUGUUUGAUUUCAUUUUUAUUAAACACAGCUGUUUUAAUUCUGUUAAAAGAUUUGUUUUUAUUCUUCUGUCAUCUAUGUGCAGGUUAUUGCAGUGUUUACUCUUUUGUACAGCAAAACAAUCAGUCCAGCCUUCAGCCUUUUCAUUAUUUAUUUAUUUAUUUACUUUGGUCGAGUUGAAUGAACCUGGCUUAUCUGACUUCAUAGCACCGGUUCAGUAUAAAUGCACACAUUUCAGAAAGCGGUGUGGUGUGUUCCAGCGAACAACAAAGGUCUUUUGUUUGGAAGACAGAAAAAGACCCUUAAUAGAAAUACCUACAUUGGGACUUUGAACAAUAUUCAACAGAAUAUA